AUGGAAGAGGAUGCUUUGAGCAUGAUUUCAUAUGCCAAAAUGAACGUGACCACAGAAACCUCAGAUUCAAACAACACACGUUACACUUUGCAGGCAAACAACAAGCGCACGAAACACGACAACCUUAAUCCCCCCUCCAUAGCAAAAUUCAAAGGAGUUGUUCCUCAGGUGAAUGGACAUUGGGGUGCACAGAUAUAUGCCAACCACCAGAGAAUCUGGCUGGGGACUUUUAAGUCUGAAAAGGAAGCAGCCAUGGCUUAUGACAGCGCUGCAAUCAAGCUCCGGAGUGGCGAUUCACAUAGAAAUUUCCCGUGGACCGACCAGACAGCUCAGGAGCCUAAUUUCCAAAACAAUUACACAACAGAAGCAGUGCUAAACAUGAUAAGGGAUGGCUCGUAUCCAUCAAAAUUUUCUGCUUUUCUUCGAACCCAAUUAUCUCAAACAAACGAAACUGGAAUCAAUCUCAAGCAAACAAGGGUUAUGCAUGGAGACGAACAUUUUUCAUGCAGCCAACUUUUUCAAAAAGAACUAACACCAAGCGAUGUGGGAAAGCUUAAUAGGCUUGUCAUUCCAAAGAAAUAUGCUGUCAGGUACUUUCCCUGCAUUUGUGAAAGUGUGGAAGAUAUUAAUGGCGGCGGUGGUGGCAGAAAUGGGGUUGAUGACAUUGAAUUAGUGUUCUAUGACAAGCUAAUGAAGUCAUGGAAAUUCCGAUAUUGCUAUUGGAGGAGUAGCCAAAGCUUUGUGUUCACAAGGGGUUGGAACCGGUUCGUUAAGGAAAAAAAGUUAAAGGCAAAUGAUAUAAUCACAUUUUAUACAUGUGAGCGUGCUGAAAAGGCAAAAGAGGGUGAAAAUUUUUGUUUAAUUGAUGUAAUUUACAAUGGGGGAGAGGGAAAGAAUUGUUUGGUUGAGGGGAUAAGUGAUCAUGUGCAGUUGGAAUUAGGAUUAAAUUUGGGGAAAAAAUUUGGCUACAAAGUAGAUGAUGAAAAUCAGGAUGAUGAUCAGGAAGAGAAGGUAUUGAGUACUGGACUUGAUAGGCCACAUAAUGUGGAUGAAAAAGGUUUUAGGCUCUUUGGUGUACGUAUCAACUAA